GUGGCGGGAAACACGGGUUACCUCAACAGUUACGGAAGAACCAGACUACGCCGAUUAAAAAUGCAUUACAAACACACGGAGGAUUCGUGGUGCAAUACCAGACUUAUUUUUUAGACGAUUUGUCCAGCUGAUUUCUAAAAGUGACUUACAGAGAACAAAAUAUCAUAUUUUCACAGCUCAGGAUCAAGUAUGGAACAGCACGAAGUAUUUUCAACGAUUGUCCAGAGUAAGAACGUCCCAAACAACAUUGCCCAGACAGCCCAGCAACUCCUCCAGACGUGGGGCUGUCGACGUAACACCGAGACAGAAGUUGACUUAGCUUCCUACGCUGUGUGCGCACUGUUCACUGCCAGCGUCAUACACAGGAAUGAGAAAAGUCAAGAGAGCAGUCAAGUUGUUGGAAUUCCAACGUUGUCUGACCUUUUAGACACUGGCAAUGUACAUAUCAAGCGUUUCUUUGAGCGGAUGGGGAGGUUGCAAUCGGAUCAUUCCUUUCAUCAGUCCGUCAAGCCUGCGCUGAAGGCAACCAUGCAGAAAUACUGUGUAACAAGUGCCCUCUACCACAAGUUCCAACAACUCAUGAAACGAAUCUUCAUACAAGACCCAGACAGCCCACUGGCCUCAGAGGUCGCAAGUUCAGAGGUCAAUCAGGGUCAACCCAAUAGGAAACACAUCUGCUGGACAUUGUUCCUACUUGCCAAAGGAAGCUUACAGCAAGCUGCCAAUGAGUUGGUCAUGACGCUUCACCUGCUGAUCUGCUGCAUUGAGUACACCGUGAAGCUCUCCCCUGCAUUUCUGCUCCAAGAACCGUUCAAUUCAGCCCACUAUUCCCAAGAGACAGAGGACGCCAUCUUGCAAGCGCUCUGUGAGGAGAUGGGUUGCCGUGACGACAUGGCCGAUGUAGUCUCGGUCGGUGAGGCGUGUCUUGUGCCUAUUCUGAGCGCUAUUCCCAGAGAGAGGCUCAACCAGGGUCUAGAAGGCUUGCCGGAGCUGGAGUUCCUUCAAGAGCAGUAUGAUCAUAUCUACCGGCAGGCAGGUGAUAUUGAUGAGAGACUAUUCCUUGACUCUUCAUCACACCUGUUUGUGCAGAAAGCACCAACAUCAGAGCCUCCUAGUCGUCCUGACACAGAGAAUGAACAUUCCUCAACGACCGCCAUGACACCUGUCAAGCGAGCCAUCAAUUCAGUACAGAGUCUGAAGUCAUUGCUGUCCACAGCCAGCGACGCUCCCUCCUCACCACUCACCAAAUACUUCAAGAACUGCAGUCAGGACCCCAGUGUCAGCAUCAAUCAACGAGUGGUCGCGCUGAAGGACGCCUACGUCCAUCACUUCAAGAGGGUCAUGGGUUCCCCCUCUGCUGCAGUGGCGCGGUCCAGAUUCCAGAUUGGUGUCAGAUUGUACUACAGGGUCAUGGAAGCCAUGCUGAGGAGGGAGGAGGAGAGGUUAUCAACCAAGGAUUUCUCCUCGUUACUUCUCAGCGAUCCAUUCCACAAAUCCCUGCUUGCUUGUGCCCUGGAAGUAGUCAACGUAACUUAUGAAUAUUCCCCGAACGAAUUUUCCUCCAUGCCUGGUAACGCAUCCCGGCUCUUGUUUCCAUGGAUACUGAAUGUCUUCUCCCUCAAGGCUUAUGACUUCGGCAAGGUGCUGGAGAGUUUUGUCAAAGACGAGCCCAAACUAACCCAGGAAGCCAAAAAGCAUCUUCAGUCCAUUGAGACUAGGAUUGUGGAGAGCAUGGCAUGGCAGGCGACAUCGCCCCUUCACGAUCUGAUCAAGACGGCUGGUACCACACUGCAUAUUGCCUCACCAGGGAGUAUAAGCACAAGAACUAAUGGUCUUAACGCACCCAGGACAACUGCAGCAGACAUGUACUUAUCUCCAAUCAGGCCCACCCCACAGGCCCCGAACUCCAGUGAGGCAACACCCCCUCCCACUACCCUCACCAGCCCCCUUGCCAGACCCCCUCAGCAACCGCAGGGGGUAGGCCCGUACCCCUCCCCACAGCCCAGUAAUAUCCCUAUGUCACCCAGGAAGACCCGGUCCGUAUCCCUCAACAUGUUCCUGAACAAGGUCCAACAGCUGGCCUACAGUCGGCUGGACAGACUGUGUGGGAUGCUCACGGUCUCCAAAGAUCUGAUGAAGUUCAUAUGGACGUGUGUGGAGUACUGUGUCACCAACAAGACAGAGUUGCUGAAAAACAGACAUCUUGACCAAAUCGUAAUGAGCUGCAUCUAUGCAAUUUGCAAAGUGACGGAAAAUGAGUUGAAAUUCAAGGACAUCGUCAACGCCUACCGCUCGCUGCCUCACGCAGAGGCAACGACAUACAGGAAUGUGGAUAUCGACGGGACCAAGGAAGAUUCCAUCAUCAUGUUUUAUAACAAAGUCUUCAUGCCAGUCAUGAAGGGCUACAUCCUGCAGUUCCAGCCCAAGAACCAGCAAACCCCAACCGCCUCUCCGGUGCCUUCGAGGUCGUCCGCUGUGUCGCAGGCUUCCCCAGGAUUCAUGGUCGGUCCCAAUCUGUACAUCUCACCGAUGAAGGAGUCUCCGUUCAAGAGCCCACAUCCAGUCAAGGAGUUCUCCUUUGGAUCACCGAGCCAGCUUACCCCCAGAAAAAGGACUCACUACAGCUUUGGCGAAGGGCCUGGGUCUUCAGAGAAGCUACGCGAGAUCAACGAGAGAAUGAAGCAAGCUAGCAUGGACAGCGGAAGUAACACUCGCUCCUCCACCUCCAAACGUCUCAAGUUUGAAGAUGAGGAUGUCUCGACUUCCUCAACAUCUCAAGAUGAAAUUGACUGCCCCAUCACCAAUGGAAGUUCAUCAAGUAACGGCGUGUCCUCAACCAAUGGUCACAUGACGUCCCAGUCAGCGAGUGAUGAACCAAUGAGCACGCAGCCUUUACCCCCCAGCAUGCAACGCAGGGUAGCCAUGAUGACCUCUGAUAUUCAAGCAAGUCUCAGUCCUGCCGAGAGCGAUGACAAAAAGUAAAAAACAAACCCUAAAAGUAAACAACAACAAACCCUGCCAACACGUUAGGAAAACGUCAUGCAUUACAAGAUGAGUGCAUGUACUAACAAAUGGAUUGUAUUAGUGAAAUCAAAACCAUUUUUAUCAUUAUUGCCCACAGAUUGUGCCAUCUAAAUAAUUUUAUUUUAUUGAGUUGCCGCACUGCAAUUCAGGUAACAUGUUUAUUAAAAGCACUGGCCAAAGUAAUGACGGGACUGGUAGCUUCUUUGGCAUAACAUGCCCCUCUGGCCAGUGAGAAAGGAAAACUUGUUACUUGUCAAGCAGAAAACUAGGUGUCUUGUCCAUGCAGAGAUUGACUUCAGGUUAUGCUGUGAAUUUGUUCACGAUGUUUCAAUUUGACCCCAAAAUUGAUGAUUUUACAGUUUUUUGUUGAAUAGUGAGGUAAAGAGUUAAAACAGCCAAAAAUGGAGUUGCAGUACCACGCUUUUAUUUGUAAGUUUCAAUUUUUCAAUGGACAGAAUACUAUCCAGUAAUGUUUUGACUGCCAGAAACACUCUAAAAAAUGUGAUUCCAAAUGUAUAAAUAAUAAAACAAUUAUUCCAUCUAAUGGAGCAAUCGUGGUUUUGCAGCAUGUUUUCAAAUUGGUCAAUUUCAGCUAUGCAAGAUUUUAAUAACGAGAAUUCAUGUUAAUGUCUUUCAUUUUUAAUUGACCACGGAUAGAGGCGGUCACCGAGUUUGUGUUAUGGCCAAAAGAAGAGUUAAAAAAAUUCAAACGCUUCUGUGAGAGUUCAAGAAAGUGUUGUCUGAAAUAUGAAUUUAAAUUUACCUGAAUUCUGGAAUUAGAGGAAGAUUGUGAAAUAUUUCUUCAAACAUGCUGCACUACGUUAUCUUAAUCUGUACAGUUGUAAAUGUUUAUCUUUUAGAACCAUGUAUUUAAUUUUGGGAGCGUUAAAUUAUAGCAUUGUUUUGAAAUGUGAUUUAAGUUAACAUUGUACUGUGUGAAAGAAUCUUUAAAAAUAAGAAAAUUCAUUGCUAUGUUCCAAUCGUUUGGAAGUUGCUCAAAGGAAAAUGAAAUAAUCAGGAGGAAUGAUUUCAAAUAAACACAAAGUGUUUUCAAAGAGUUGGUUUUGUUGAAAUUAAUUUUGGGGAAGAUAAGCUAUGUAUCUUAUCCACUCACCAAAAAAGGGCAUUUGGUUUUAAUUAUCUAUGUUUGUUUUUAAUCUCGUUAAGUGUAACAGGUGUUUUUUAUUGUUGAUGGCAUGCCUGUUUUGGCCAGUGUGUGAAUAGAUUUGUAUUUCUUAAAAAGAUUCAUGAAUAAAAGUAGGGAGCAGACGCAA